CCAAUCAGAAGUGAGCUUGUGCUGCACUUAUAAGCAGGAGGAGGCGUUUCUGUCUCCAGCAGAGACAUUUGGACCAUCGCAGCAGCAGCAUGACCAGGAAACUCCAACACCAAGCUCCGGAUGAUGGCAGGAGCAGAAAAAAGGUAGGAAGUUAUUGUGAUCAUGUUUUUAUUUAUUUCCAACAUUAACGAUGGCUGAUAACGCUGUAACUCUGUCGCUCAUAAGCCAGCUCUUGGGUUGCCAAGUUGACGUCAUCAUGCAGGCUCAAAGGACCAUCUGACCUCUGACCUGAACAGAUUUAUGGAACCAAAUCUAUUGUAGCUAUUAAGCCAUUUUCUGUAUCAGAGAGGCAUAUAUAUAUCUAUAUUUAUAUAGAUAUAUAUAGAUAUAGAUAUAUAUACUGCAGAUAGACGUCAGUAAAGCACCAGAAAACUUGAAUGUACCUGUCUGUAGAUGUUGAAGCCGGUUGUGGAGAAGAAGAGGAGAGAUCGAAUAAAUCAAAGCCUUUCUGAGCUGAGGAGUUUGCUGUUGCUUUCCACGUCUGAUCCCCGACUCCAGAAUCCAAAAAUAGAAAAAGCAGAGAUUCUGGACUUGGCUGUGGAAUAUCUUAAGAGGUGGACUGAUAGGAAGAACUUGAGAAAUGAGUCCGCCGCUCUUCCGAUCCUCGGUAUGGAGAAUGCAGGUUUCCAACAGUGUGUGUCCCAGCUGUCCAGCUACAUGCACAGGAUCUCCCCAGCGCAGAGGACGCACCUCGUGGAGGGCCUGAAGCACCACACGGAGAACCAGAGAGCAGACCUCCACCACACGAUGGAGGUCCCCAGCGCCACAUCUGUCGACACCAUUUGUCCAUCAGACAGCAGGCUGCUUUUCUCCUCCCACUCCCCCUUCCACCCCCUCUCCUGCCCCACGCCAUGCCACGAGUAUCUAUCUCCCCCUCCCUCCCCCUGGUUCUCUCCUCCUUUCCCUGCGUACACCUCCUCACCUCCUUUCCCAUCCAUUGCCUGUCCCUUCUCCCUCCCCCCCAGCCUCUCACCUCCAUCCUCCAACACCAAUUUCUGUAGUUUCUCACCCACUCUUCCUCACACCACCAGCCCUCUUGGCCUACAUUUCCCCCCGUCUACAUCCCUCAGACCCCCCCUGAUCCCACCACACAGGGAGGGCUCAGCAGCACGCUCUGUCUCAGCCACGUGGAGGCCCUGGAUCUGAUGGGAGAGGAGAGGACUACCCAGGGUGUACAGUGUACAUAUGACCCUAACUGCCUAUAUUAACUAUUUCUUUUUUUUAAGUAGCAAACAAACACGUACGUUGUUCUAAUCAUGCUAAUAAAGUAUUUUUUUGUCAUUUAUCUUUUCUAGAAUGAACAGAUUUUAGGGGGAAAACGGACUCACCUACUUUAGUCUAAAGUAAUCUAUAAAUAAAUAUAUAUACUGACAUUUGUUUAUGUAAACCUCGUCUUUACACGUUUAUGUCGAAUCAUGUGUUGAUUUUAUAUUUGUGGAUGUUUUCUAUCAGUGAGAUGACAUGGUGCAAUGUUUUAUUUAAAAACACGAUCAUUUAUUAAAGUCUGAUUUUACCUUUUCAAGUUUGUGAAUGUGUGUGUGUGACCGAAGAAAGUUCAAGAGAAUCACAAAAAAGACAAAAAGGUCUUAAAGAGACAAUGUGCAGUUUUUACUUGUUGAAAAGGAAUUAAAUGAUGCCCAGUUGCUGAAAAAGUGUUGGUGGAUUCGUAACAUAUCACCAUAAAAUUUGGGUUUAAAAUACAUGGGAGCGGGUCUAAGGCCCAGUCCAAGUACUCUGCAGUGUACUUAGAGAAAGUACCCCGUAUGGCUUCAAGUGCGUGGUACACAAGUGUACAAAUAAUUGCUGAAUUGAGACAGGGGGCACUGCGUGAUUGAAUGCAAUGCAUGCCGGGAUGAUGGUCGCUGUGAUGUUAUUUUAUAAAAACUUUUAACUUUCAAACAAACAACCAAACAAUAUUUGUAAUACAUUUUCAUUAAUUGCUGCUUUGUCUAAAAGUUUCAGAGCAUCAACUAAUCAUCCUCAAAUGAACUACUUUCAUUAGAAAAGACAUAUUUUCAGAAAAGGCACUUGAUCCUUU